CAAAAUAAAGCAAAGCGACGGAUUCGAACAUGGGGGCAAUUGCAAAGCAAGGUUGACUACUGGACAACCAUGGCUGCAAGUCUAAAACCGAUUGUCUAAGGCACAUUACAAGCGUGAGAACUGUGAGCCUAAUGCAGACAAGCAGCGCAGGUCACCUCGAGACUUGGACAACUUGGAGGUGCCCAGCUUGGCGAAUUGGCGAAUACCUCUUCCUCUCUACCUUUCUGCGGCUUCGGUCCCUCCUCGACAAUCCUGGCUAUCACCAUCUACACCAUACGCCGUUGUUAGUGUCUUUUUGCUGCUGUUGGAUCCCGAAUUUGGUUGAUCUGUUGCCCAGCUCAAUAUGCAGCCCUCUGAGUUCGAGAUCCAGCGAGAAGUUGAAACCUUGCGAGAUAUUAGAAGACGGUCAACAGCUCAGGGUGGUCCAGGAGCUUUGCUCAUAGACCCAGAUCUUCCAGGUGCUUCAUCACAGGGCACAUCGGCCGCUUACUGGUCGGCAACCUCGGACGAUGCAAGCAGCAGCAGCACACACGAAGACAACAGCGACGGCGAUUCCGUCGUGAGCGAAGACGACCCGGCACACCUCUUCUGGGUCCCCGCCCGUCUUCACCCUGAGAUUGCACCCGCAGAGUUCAGGGCUUUCCUCAAGGAACAUGCACGCGCCCCAGCAGAUGGCUCGCUUAGCCGUUCCAGCUCCGUCAGCUCGACUGGGCUCGGGAGGAAAAAGUCGAUGUUGAGCAGGCAAUACAAGCCAUCUGCCAAUGAUGGCAUAGAGGACGAGCAAAUCGUGCCGAUACGCAGGAACAGAUCAAGCGUGUAUUCACACCCUGGUCCACAACUCACCAUCAGCGAUCUCCAGAAGCUUGAGGAACUGGCAGAAGAGGCAUCGCAAAGUGAUGAUCCUACGAAGCUCAGAACCAUGCUCAGACGCAGUUUAAGUCUCAAUCUCGCGCCCACAGCACUCGAACACAUGGAGGACACAGAUCUGGGCGACGAGGCUGAUUCGCCGAUUAUUGUCCCUCGUCCUGGACAGAUCUUGCGACGUGCUGCGCGCACGAAAAUCCGAAAGCCCGGCCAAACAGGGGAGGGUCCGCAUCGGUUUACGACUCGAUCGCGUCGUGGUUCGACCCGCACGGCCUCUCACGAAGGAUAUAUUCCAAGUGACAGGUCCUCGAGUGAUCAUGGUGAUGGUGAAAGUACACCUCGACUCAGUGGCGACUCAGAUUUGGGUGAAGUUCCUGGCACGUCAAGACCAGAAUCAUACAGCGAGGAAUCCUCAAUAUACGAUUCCUAUGUGAGAGAGGAGUCUGAGGAGCCUGAACAAUCACCUCCUGUGCUUGUCAAUACUCCUGACUUUACGACAGAGUUUGCUCCUGUUCAAUUUGAGCCUAUUCUCUCCUCUCAACCACAACCACCUGAACCUUCAGAGCCCCAAGCUACUUCGCCGCCUCCAAUUUUGCAUCACCCUCAACCGCAGCGACUAGUGUCUUCGACGGUUGCAGAUGCCGAACCUGUUCGCUCGCCUUCACCAGAGUCUACGUCGUCUCAAGCCGAGAUGCCGGCCUCCCCGCGUCCAACGCUCUCAGAAGUUCCCGGGUAUCUUCCGCCUACUUCUCCCAGUCCGUCAGAAUCCAGCCGACGAGAGAAGGACAAGAAAGGUCUAUUUGGCAAAUGGGGCGGCGACAAGGGCGGAAAGAAGGUCGGUAAAGAAAGCCGAGAGAAAGAUAGUGGAUUUUUUGGAUCGUUAUUUGGUGGCAAGAAGAAACAGGAGGAUCCUACUCCGCCUAUCGGAGGACUUGGGCAUGCUGGAAGGGAGGCCGCCGCUGCACUUUUAGGUGCAUCGAAGUCAUCAAAGAAUCACACCCCUUCGCCGUCUCCUCAGCCCAUCCAGGGGUACGCACGGUAUCCGAUCCACGUCGAGCGCGCGAUAUAUCGACUCAGUCACAUUAAACUUGCGAACCCCCGACGGCCGCUGUAUGAGCAAGUGCUUAUCAGUAACCUCAUGUUUUGGUACUUGGGUGUCAUCAACAAAACCACCCCUGCAUCUCCUGGUCAGGUCAACACUCCAAAUUCGGCCGAAGCACAGACCAAUAAUGCAGAAAAGGAACAGGCUGAGCGGGAAAAGAAGGAACGUGAGGAGCGUGAGCGGGCAGAGAAGGAACGAGCGGAGAAGGAGCGUGCUGAGAAAAAGGAUUCAUCACGGAGAGGUAGUCUCACCAAGACUCCAGCAGCAGGUACUCCUGGAUCGAGGCGGGCGGAGAUGCCAGUUCGUGGUCCUCAGUACGACAUGCAGCAUCGUGCCAUGGAACAAGAGUACGGUUAUGGACAACCAGGCGCACCUUCAACAGGUCGUACUACAUCAGCACCUCCGAUAUCUGCAGGACUUCAGCCUAGGUCUUCUGGGAGUCAGCCUCAUCCAUAUCAACCUUCCUCACAACAAGGAUAUUCUUCUGCCCAAGUCGUUCAACCGCAACCUCAAGUUCCUCAUGGCCGGCACCAUAACGGUAUGGCGAACCCUUCAUCACAACAUCCUAUGACUUCAAUGGGUGCACCGCAACUACCGCCAGGUGCCAUGCCUCCCGUGAACGUUGAAGCUGGGGGUUGGAUGUCACCGCCACCGGGGUCUUCUUCCAUUAGAGGCCAUACAUCACCUUCGCCGCCCCCACGGGGAACUUCACCGCCUUCAGCAGGCUUACCUUCAAAUCCUGGUCCUCGAAGGGCGAAAUCGCCUCCUGUGAGGUAUUCGCCUGCUCAGGAGAAGCAACCACAUAGUGGGGGUGGUAGAACGCCAGGUCGAUCCUUAUCUGCCACUGCUGCUGCACCAAUGCCAUCCAUUCCUCAAGUGAAUGGUAUACGGAAAGGCAAUAGCGUGCAUGCUGUCCCGCAUAGAACGGCUAGCGAGGAAGAAGACGUCCCGCUAGGUCUAUAUCACCAAAGACGAAAGUGAAGUCUAUGAACAUCUUUGUUUUCUUCCCAUUCCUUCGUAUUAUUAUGUAUCUCUGUCCUCCCUCGUAUUUCUGCCUUUUCAUCCUUUUAUGUUUCGCUCAUCCAUCCCAUCUAGAUAUCCCUGCAAUUUAUGUUGUCCUGGGUUGCGUUCCGUUAUUCCUCACUCACUGGUACUGCAUUACCUUUAGCACCUUACCCCGACCCUGCCCACACUCGCACUCUUGCAUAUUCUGCCGCAUCAUUUCUCAUCCAUUGGACAUCCAUGCUCCCGCCUUCCCUCGCCGUCUUAUUUCUCCACCCUCGGCUGCUCGAGUUGUCCUCACCGGCGCCUUCCUUUAACUACUUCGUGACGCUUCAUAAUCCAUCUCCUUACGUGUUCAGGACUUCGAGCUUCAGUAGGUAGCCAAUUUCGGUGUGCGCUGCGUCUUUCUGGACACUCUUUCUUUACCUCACCGGAUGCCAGCCCAAUUCUCGUAGCGUACAAAUCGGACUGCAUAGUACAUUCGCCUGGCAGGGCAGCUUCUAAAUCUGUAUUCGCAUAGCACUAACUAACCGGCACGAAAAAAAGCCUAUUUCUAUUGCCUAGGGUUCGUGAUUUGUCUAGCCAGCUGCUGAAGCCCUGCACUAGCCAUUCCAGCAAUACCCUCCCCAAACGAUCGAGCAGAACCGAUGCUUCUUGCGACACUUUCAACGCCUUUCGCAGCAAGUCCCCAGCUUAACUGGCCCGCGUUUGUCUGUGUGCGACUUCCCGCUGACAUCAUUAGAGCCGUCUUGAUUGUGUCCAAUUCGUUGAUCACUUCUAACCCUACUGAACGUGCCCAGACGACAGGCUCGGCAGUGGUAGAGUACAACUUGUGUAGUUUGUCCACUGCUGCAAGCAUCUUGUGAUUCUCUAGGUAACGAUUGCGAGAAUAAGGCAGUAGAGCGGUGUAAGAACCUAAAUAGCACGGUUAUGAAUCUAUUUGCUCGCAUUUUGACUAGG